AAGAAAAUAAGAGGCUUAAGCAACAUGAAAAUCUUCAAGAAAACAGAGAAGCCUUGCGUAUUAGUUCGGAACUAAAAGAAAUGCUUCAAAAAAGUGAUGAACAAUUAAAAAAUUCAACAAGAAGUUCUAAGUUAUGA